AUGUUUGAUGGGGAAAUGGUGCAAGUUCAUUGGAAUAAGCAUCAUACGAUCAAUCCAAAAAUUGUUGUCGCCGACAGGUCAAAAGCAGCACGGAUUAUCAAUUUACGAGCCGGAUUAGAAAUUUGUCAAGAUAUUCGAUGGAACGAUAAAAUCAUUGGUCAGGCGCAGUGGUAUCCCUCCGCCAAGCAUCUGUUGUAUACGGCAGAUCUCGACGGAAACGUUGCAUUUUUUGAUAUUAGGAGUGCUCGUGGAGCUCUUGCUCAAAAGAAAUUGAUGAAUCACCGUAUUACUGCCAUCCGACCAACUUCUGAUGGAAACCAAUUUUUGAUUUCUGACGAAAAAGGCAAUAUCAAGGUGUUUGAUGCGUAUGAUUGGAAGAAAUUGUCCGAGUAUAAAUUGCCCACAUAUUCCAAUCAUAUGUAUUUUCCGCCUUGUGUUCGCGUAUUCGAAGAAGAGGACAUCUUUUUUGCAAUCAACCACCAAAAAGCAGUUGAAGUUGUGAAGUUUGCUAAGGAUUUCCAAUUCACACCCCAGCAAAAAACGUAUUCAACUCAUGUUUGGGAUAUUCAUUCGUUCGCAUUUCGUCAAACGUUUCAUCAACUUAUCGUUUCUGGAGAACAUUCACAUAUUGUCUUCUAUCAACCGAAAGUAGAUACCAAUGAAGAAGAUGAUGAUAUAAAAAUAACGAGCACGAAAAAAGAUACAUGGGAUUGA